CUUCACUCGACUCGACUAAUUUUUGGCAGCUGUGCUUAUGAUUUGUAGAGGAAAUUGGUUCAGGAAGCUCUUUCUCGUGAUUCUUCUGGUGCUGUUCAAUCCAACUUCUCUUUGAUUACUCCUACUUCUGGUGUCUUUCAGACUUGCCUUUUGACAAUGCGAGGAGGAUCCAGUUCAACACCUACUGCCUCUGUUUCUUCUAAUAAGCGGCCACCUCGACCUCCACCUAAUGCAAGUUCAGAUGGAGGUGCAAAUUCAGCUGGAGGUGCAAGUGCUGCUAAAGAUGCUAGUGUUGCUGGAGAUGCUAGUGCAGAUGGAGAUGCAACUGAAGCUGUCAUAAAAGUGACAGAAACACAUAGCAAUAAGCGUAAAACCCCUGAAGAUGCAACUGAAGAUGACACAGAAGUGAGUCAAGUGACAGAACCAAAGGGAAAGAAACGUUCUGAUGUGUGGAACCACUUUGAUAUGGACCCCAAGCCUUCGAAAUAUGCAAAAUGUCGCCACUGUAAGACAAAGAUUGCAGCUCAGGGUACCAAGUAUGGGACAGGUUACCAUUACAACCUCCUGUGGAAUACCCAAUUUCUACACAUGCAAAGUGUAUUCACUGUAACAAACUAUUUCCUGUCGACCCUUUUAGGAAUGAACUUAUGAUGUGUAGUCAGUUAUGAACUUAUGAUUAUGAUUUUUUGAUGUUUUUUCAUUUUUGUUAUUAAGGAGAAACUAGACUCUUUAAAAUUUAAUGUUUCUAUCAAUAUGUAUUGGAAGUUGGAACAUUUGAUGUAUUUGAAACUUGAGUGACAGGUUCAGAAAAAUUUGCCUGUCAUUUUUGUGAGACUGACAGAUAUAAAAAAUUUCAGUGGUUAACCAAAAACCGAAUGGUUUUAUACAAAACCGAGUUGGAACCGAACCGAGAAAAACCGAACUACCCAAAUGGUUUCAUUGGUUUUCAUUAUUGGAAACCGAGUAGUUCGGUUUCGGUUU